AUGAAGGCGGUUCAAUUCAAUGAGACGGGUGGCAGCGAUGUGCUGAAGUUGGUAGACAUACCAAAGCCAGUGCCGAAAUCCAGCGAAGUCCUCAUUAAAGUCGAAUACGCUGGUGUGAACUUCAUUGACACAUACCUCAGAAGCGGGCUCUACCCUGUUCCGCUACCAUGUGUGGCUGGUCGUGAGGCCGCAGGUGUCAUUGCGGAGCUCGGCGCUGACGUCUCGCCUGAUCUGGGACUUCAAGUCGACGACAGGAUCGCAGUUUUCUCUCCCGGAGCCAUGGCCGAGUACAUGGUGGCGGAUGCCAAAGCGGUCUUGAAGUUGCCGCGGGACGUUUCGACGAAGCAGGGAGCCGCUAUCAUGCUUCAGGGCUUAACCGCUUGGACACUAUGCCGCGACGCUCAUGAACUGAAGAAUGGAGAGACCGCUUUAGUACAAGCCGCUGCUGGAGGCACAGGAGGACUCCUCGUUCAGAUGGCCAAGUCACUAGGUGCCACUGUAAUUGGGACGACUUCGACCGCGGCCAAGGCAGAGGUUGCCAAGUCCCACGGGUGUGAUCAUGUCAUCAUCUAUACGGAACAGAAUGUCGAGGAGGAAGUCUCAAAGCUCACUGACGGGAAAGGCUGCCAUGUCGUCUAUUCGGGUAUCGGUCAAGCUACGGUGCAGGCGGAUAUGGCCAUGACACGACGCAAGGGUACGUUCGUCACAUUCGGCAACUCGAGCGGCGCGAUUGCUUCAAUCAAACCCCUGGAUCUGAGCAAGAAAAACAUCAGACUGGUAAGGCCUACGCUGGCAAACUAUAUUACAGAACGAGAGGAGUUCUUGGCGAGGAGCGGCGAGCUGCUGGAUCUUGUUGAAAAUGGAACUGUGAAGGUCAACUUUGGGGCCGAAUACAGUCUCGCUGAGGUUGGAAAAGCUCAGGAAGACCUUGUUAGCAAGAAGACUGUUGGGAAGCUUAUCGUCAAGAUUUAA